AUGUUAGAGAUUGUAAAUGGAUUUCUACUAGUUUAUUUCAUUGUUCUCUGUACGCUUAGUGCUAUAGUGCCAGUACUAGUUAAACCAAUUGCAGCGUGCUUUGCUCGACCUUCCAAUGAAGAACGCGCUAUUUUAGCUGAACUGGUUAAACUUAAAACAGAACAACAAAAAAUAUCAAUGAAAGACGAAUUUGCAGCGUUUUCUAAAUUGCAGCGAAGAAUAAAUAAACUUGACGGUGAACUUAAGGAAAAUUCUCAAUCAAGAUUAAGUAAAAGCUUAGCUAUUAAGGGUUCCAUAAAUGUUAUUCUUCAAGUAGUAAUAGCAUUAAUCAUUCUUGUAUCAGUUUUUUGGUUUAGACAUGAGCCUAUAGUUACUUUAAAAGGAGAUUUAUUUCCUCUUACUACUAUGCUCAGAUAUCCAAGUGAUAUGCCUAAUGCUAUUUCAACACAUGUGUGGGUUUUAAUAUCUAAUGUUUCUAUAAGAACUUUACUGAAACCCAUAAUAUCU